AUGGGUACUUCUGGCAACAAUUUUCUCCAAGUAGUGUUCAAGAACUUCGAUGUUCUUGCUCUGCCCUUGGUCACCCUGGUGUACCCUUUAUAUGCUUCAAUAAAGGCCAUAGAGAGUAGGUCCAGUGUUGAUGAUCAGCAAUGGCUGACUUAUUGGGUUCUCUAUUCUUUGAUUACUCUGUUCGAACUCACAUUUGCCAAAGUUCUAGAAGUGCUUGCCAUUUGGCCUUAUGCCAAGUUGAUACUUAGUUGCUGGCUGGUUCUUCCACAGUUCAAUGGGGCAGCACAUGUUUAUAGGCACUAUGUUAGACCAUUCUAUAUGAAUCCACAAAUGCCACAAAUGCCAAAAUUCCCAGGAACUUCUCAAAUGUGGUAUGUUCCUCCAAAGAACAUAUUUAGUAAGCAGGAUGAUGUCCUCACUGCUGCUGAGAGAUACAUGGAAGAGCAUGGAACAGAAGCAUUUGAAAGACUCAUAACCAAGGCUGACAGAGGAGGUAGAGCACAGAGGAGUGGAAAUUAUAUGAUGUUUGACGAUGAUUAUAUAUAUUAA